AUGUCACUACAUUCCUAUACGAUCGCUGGAUAUUUGGAUCGUGUGACUCAAUUAUUGGAAGAUGGGGCAGACGUCAAUGAAAGGAGUGCUGCUAGAGACAGACAUACCAGGGGGAAGACACCCUUGCACAUUGCAUGCAUUCAUGGUCAUUUGUUGCUUGUGAACAAGUUCUUGGAAUACGGAGCAGACGUGAAUGCAAUGGACAAUUUCGAAUCCACCCCGUUGCAUGGUGCCUGCAUGUUUGGCCAUUUGCAAAUUGUCCGUCUUUUGUUGCAAAGAAAUGCAAACAUCGAGGCAAUGGCCAACAAGGGAAUGACGGCAUUGCAUUUCGCUUCCACAUAUGGCCGAUUGGAAAUUGCCCGUCACCUGUUGGAUCUAAAUUCAGACCUCGAAGCAAGGAUGGAUAAUGAAAUGACGCCUUUGCAUUGUGCUUGUUCACGUGGGCACUUGGAGGUUGUCCAAGUGUUGUUGGACCGCUAUGAUUCAAAGCUUCUUGAAGCAACAACAAGAGACGGCAUGACACCCUUGCACUCGGCAUGUAGUAGUGGAAAAUUCGAGGUUGUCCAGCUUUUGGUUCAGCGAAAUGCAAACAUGAGAGCAAGGGGGAAAGACGGAAUGACACCGUUAUAUUGCGCAUGUAAAAGUCGAUGCUUUGAGAUUGCCAAGCUUCUAGUGGACCAUGGCGCAAGCACCGAGACAACAGCAAAUCACGAAAUGACGCCCUUGCAUUAUGUAAGCUUCCUGGGAGAUAUUCACUUUGUACGCUUUCUUUUGGAUCAUGGCGCAAAUAUGGGAGCAACUGACGAUAAAGGAUGGACCCCUCUCCAUUUUGCAUGUGCCCGCAACCAACUGAAUACAGUUCAGCUGUUGCUGGAUCGAAAUGCAAAUACGGAGGCAACAUCAAAAGGUGGAAAGACGGCAUUGCAUGUCGCUACUCUCCGUGGCCAUUUGCAGCUCGUGUGGCUGUUGGCAAGCAGAUGUCCGACCCUGCUUCUACUAUGA